GACCUAUAUAGAUCUAUGUCUAUAGACUAUCAGCUGAUAGUAAAUAUUUGUUUACUGGUCAGCUGGUCAGCUCUGCUAACUGACUGCUCUUCUAGACUCUAGUCAGAGUAAGCAUAUGAAAUGCUAUCAUGAAAACUUUCAAGCUUUUAUUUCACACCAGUAAAAGUCCCAAAAAUCAAGAUAUUUUGAUUUCUGCUAAGGAUUUCCCAGAUGUAAGAGUUGGUGAUGUCUUAGAAGUCUACCACCCUGAAGAUGAGUGGAACCGUGUUCUUUUACAAGUGAAAAGUUUGCCAGAUGACUCUCAGCAAAAAGAGACAGUGAUAAUUGAACCUGCUAUAGCCAAUGCAUUCAGUCUUCGUCAGUAUCACAAUGUAGUGGUUAAUAAAGUGGAGACAGAAACAGUUCGACUGGACCUAGUUGAACUUCUUUUCAAAGAGCUUUACUUUGGCCGUAGUGAUAUGUGGAGACUUUGUAAAGCACUGACCAACACAUGUGUUUACCUUAAAAAACAGAUUGACUUUGUUGAGAAAAGAGUUCAUAUUAAUGAACUGUGGGCCAGGGGAGAUAAUGUCACUUGUGGUGUGAUCACUGAGGACACAAGGUUUGUGUUUCGCUCUCCCACUGCUGUUGUGCAGAUUUUCAUCCAGAUGAGCACUGAAAUGUGGGACUUUGAUCUCCAUGGAGAUUUGUAUCUUGAGAAGGCUGUCAAUGGGUUCUUAACUGAUUUGUUUGAUAAGUGGAAGGAACAAAACUGUGUACAUGAUGUCACUAUAGUAUUGUUUUCCAGGACAUUUUAUGAUGCCAAAUCUAUUGAUGAAUUUCCUCCAGCUAUCAGAGAGUGUCUUUUCAUAGAUUACAAAGGCAGGAUCUAUGAAGACUAUUAUAGGGUUAUUGUACAGAAUGAGCGCUAUGAAGAGUGGCAGUCGGUACUCAGACAGAUUCGGACGUUGUGUAAUUGCUACAGGGAUUUGGUACUCAACUACCACAAGGAGAGAUUCCCAGAGUGGAAAAUGCCCAAUGCAAGUCUUUCUGUUGCUGCCCAGGGAAAUUUUUUGGAGACUCUCAACAUGUCACUUAAUUUAUUUGAAAAUUACUAUAUGGAUAGAAACUUUGACAGAACUGGCAAGGUGUCUGUGGUGGUCACACCUGGUCCUGGGGUCUUUGAGGUGGAUAGACAGCUGGCCAACAUCACCAAGCAGAGAACCAUUGACUGUGGUGUAGGUAGUGAUUUGGUGUGUAUGGGUGAGCAGCCAUUACAUGCAGCCCCUUUGUUUAAGUUUCACAGCAAGAUGACUCACAUGUCUAUUGAAGUAGGAGAUGACUACAAUAUUCCACACUGGAUGAAUCACAGCUUCUACAUGUCCAAACCUCAAAUCCAUGAACAUACCACCUAUGCCUUUGUUCCUCGGAUUAAACCGCCACCAGCACUGAUGAAGGAGCUAGAAGAUAUGCAAGGUUUCUCAUUAAAAAGUUGCUUCUCACCAAGAGAAAGUUCAGAUGAUAACAUUCCUUUUGUAGACUACGAUGAAUAUGAUGCUCAGGUUUUCAAGUUGCCAUCUGGAAUGGCCUCCAGAAACACCGUUAGUUUAAAAAGAGGUGCAUCUUCACAUAGCAGUGGGCGUGGCACCAUCCCAAAGACCUUUGAAGAAGCAAGGCAGAGGUUGAAGCCAAGAGACAGGCAUCAGUCAGAUGAUGUGUCUGUUUACUUUUGUGACCAUCCACCUUCCUCUCCACCUAUUACUAUUCCCAGUGCAAGAAGCUCCUUUGAGGAUAUGUCCUUUUUUUUUGGAAGGGAAGCAAGCAAAAGUUCAUAUGAAUCUUCAGAAAAUGAUGAGCUUCUUCUGCAGCGACCAGUUGUUGGAAGUGCAGGUUCACCAGUGGGCCACUCACGUCAUCUCCAAAACUAUCGCCCCCACAGAGCCCUAAUUAAUCCUUUUGCCCCAUCGAGGCUUCAGUUUAAGAUGACUAGCAAUCGUAGGAGAUGGGCUCAUGCUUUUCCUGUUGAUCAAAAAGGAAUGGCCAUGCAAGCUCGGCACAUUCAUUCAGUAGAACACAAUGAGCAAGAAAAUGAUUUCCCUUGGUCUGAGAAAGGAAUGGUCAAGAGUCCAGUCAUCACAGUGACCACCAGCCUAAAGAAACAAAAUCUUCGCCAGGACUCUUCUGAACCUGGUCAUGCUGGGGAAAGUGUUCCAGAGUCACCAGUGUCAAGGUCAGAUCAUGGUACCAGCAGCAAUGUGAGGAGAAAUAUCAUGGACUCGAACUUGCGCCGCCAGCAAAGUUCUAAGUCAACUCUGAGUAACAAAAUACAGAUAUUUGGCUCAUCUAAGGGUGGUGAGCAGGAGUGGUCAUCAGAUAUGACUACAGGCUAUGACUGGCGUCCAAUCACCUCUGACCUCCAAAAUAAAAAGGGGUCAAGGUUGAUAAAAUCUAUUUUUCGAGGUGAUAUCCAAUCCAAUGCAUUUGUUGAAGGGAUAACUGUGGAUUGGAAGUCAUUGACCAUUCCAGCCACCUUGCCAGUAACUACAGACUAUUUUCCUGACCGCAGAAGUCUACAGUAUGAUUAUGUCAUGGCCGAGUAUGAACUGUUACCAGAAUGUGUCAAUGCAGAGAUCUGGUCAUCUUGGCCUAGGUCUCCUACUGCUGAGGACAAAACACUUCUGGUCUACCGCAGACAUCCCUUAACCAAUCGUCAAGUUUUCUUGGAGCUAAUAUCUCAAAGACUUGGAGAGGGCUUCCAAAUCAUAACCAAAAAGAAAUCCAGAAAUCCAGCAGAUUCUAAGGAAUCAUCUGCUCAGUCACCAUCAAGUCAGUUUAUGAGAACUCUAGCCAGAGAUCCUAAAGAAGAAUACUAUAUGAGUAUUGGAAGAAUAUAUCACAGACUGACGCUAAGUGGACAGACUAUCAAGGUCAUGCGUUUUUGGCCACGUCACCCCCAACCUCAGCUUCACUAUGGCUACAAGUAUCGAUUUCAGGCUCCAGACUCUAACAGUUAUGAUGUGUCUUGGACUAAUUUCUCCAAUGAAAAACUGGAAAACUACAACUGGAACCACUUGGAUCAGUACAUUUGCACUCAAGGAGACUGGGAAUAUGGUUUGAUUGAUGCAUUAAAAUAUUGGCGGUCUAGGUUUUUCCUUCUUCCACUGAACAACCCAGCCACCAAGAAGAUCAUUGAGGAUGAAAAAACCAGGUGUGACAUAUAUGAAGAGAAAUCACCAAAAGAGUUGUCUCAGCUCAUAUCUGGAUUCAUAAGAUUCCUAGAGACUAUGAACAAACUGAAAAGGGCAGCUACUCAGCGCAAGUCAAAAGGUGAGGUACCUGCCUCAGGUGCUUCAGCAGGAGCUAGUGGAAGUGGAGCUCAAUUGACUUCUUUUAGUGGCCCUAUGGACUUGAGUUCUAAAAAAUCUGAACAGGAAAGCUUCCGUACCAAAGAUACAGAAGACAGGCUCAGUAUCUCAUCAUCAUCUGUCAAAAUCGUGGAAGGUCUAGUGGAUACUGUCCAUGGGUUGAACUUCAUACAAGGUCAGGCUGGACUACCACUUAACACCUUCAUAUCUGCUGAGGCUGUUGAUUGGUGCCAAAGGAAUGUGGUGGGUGCUGAGACAGUGUCUUCAGCAGUAGAUCUAAUGCAGAGAUUACUUGAUGAUCAAUAUAUUCUUCAUUGCUCAGGAAAUGUCAGACAUAAAUUUAUUUAUGGCUUCUAUCUGUUCUAUAUUUUACCUAAAGUUAAAGCAGCCCAGCCAAGUGAUGGUAACACUCACCCUGCCCUACAUUUCAGCACUCCUGGCUCCACAUUCAACUAUCUGUUUCAGAAUGAGUGGUGUGAGGUUUCUAUCUUACCCAUACAUGAGGAAGACAGUGGCCUUGCUCUGGAAGAAAAUAAAAAUGGAGAGGAGCCAGGCAGGAGCCAUUUCUUUGUGCAGAUGGAAACGAGUCGAAGGCGAUCAGAUUCUAUGCUGCAGCCUGAGCUAGAAGAUUGGAGAGUUUUGACUGGGCAUAGAGAAGGACCUGGACAGCAACCAGGAUAUGGAGACCCUUACUAUACUGGCGGUGUUCGCAUUAAUGAUUACUACAAAGCCACCCUGUUGCAUAAAUACACCAAUGUUGAGGUGGACCCAGGCAAGAAAAGUGACAGAAAUGAGUACGCCAUUGCCAGGUACCAUGCCUAUUACAGUCCCAAGUGUGCCUUUGAACUCCAGCUGCAGUGGAUGGUUGCCACAGGUUGCAUUAUGGGGGACUUGGUCCAAACCUAUGCCAGAAGGGCCACCUCAUGUGGUUUUCAUCUUAUCCCUGUACCAUGUGAUCCAUUUGCCUUACCCUACACUGAGAACUCAGACCCUCUUAGAGGACCAAUCUUUGUUCCAUUGAACAUGAAGGCAUUUGACUCCAACUUGUUUCAAGAUAUUUCUAAUGAGAGAAGACAGGAGAUGUUGUUUAUCAUCCAAGAUGCUAUGAUCAAGAGGUUUGGGUUUCUUCCUGCCAGUGUCAAAGUGCCAGAAGAUCCUGAAGUUUUAUCUGGUGAGAAGGCCAACAUCAAUCAUCAGUAUGUUCACUGUACUGCUGGGAUGUUUAUACUUAUUCCAGAGAGCACGCCUGCUAAACCAGAACUGUCUUCUAAUAAUAGGCACAAUCUCUCAGAAAAUCCUGCCUUACUGAAAAAAUCAUCCUCUGAGCUUCACCAAUUGUACAUUUCUCGCCUUGGACGGCCAGAGGCUGCUCCCAAUGGUGUGGGCUUUCUAUGGUCCUGGAACUACAUGUCGUCUCGUCGGUGGCGCUCUCCCAGCACUGGUGAUGAGAUCUUUCAAGAUAGGAUGCUAGCUGACUUUAGAAAAUUUUGUGCUAAUGAUGAGAAUAGGCUCAGUGAAUUCUGGGAAAAUUGUAAAGGGUCUCUAAAUAUAACCAGAUGAUUUGUAUAUGUGUGUUUUAAUAGAACCUAUUCCUUUUUCUAUGAAUGCUUUACAGAAAUCCCAGUUAUAAUAACUGCAGCACUAAAAUGCAAUCAGUAUUAGAUCAAAUCAUUUAAAUUUUGACUCAACUUUUAUUUACAUUAAAAGGUUGUUGUGUUGAUGUUAAUAAUCUACAAGAUAUGUUCUAAACAGUGUUCAAUACAAAUGUAAUAACAUUGUGCAAUUAUUUCAGAUUUUUCUUUUCAUAGCAGUAGCUAAGUUUUGAAAGUGUAUAUUUCUAUGGAUCUUAUAUUUUCUUAUACCUUAUUGUUCUGUUUCUUCAAGAUUUUUUUUUUUUACCAUCUCCUAUCGUCUGUCCAGGGCCACAUCCUUACCCGGUGGCACCAAAGUUUUUUGAGUUUUGGACAAGUUCUCUCUGCCUUGUAAUUUAUAUUUCCAUGUUUGUCUUACUUAGGAAUAAUCCAAUUCAUUGUUUAAUCAAACUGUGUUGAACUGGUCACAUAGAUCCUGGAGAUCUUAAAUAAUUUCUAUUUCAUUUGAUGAUUUUGUUUUUAAAUUGAAAUUUGUUAUUUCAAUUGCACAUUUGUUUCACUGCUAAACUUUCUAUGUUUAUAUGUAAAAUAUGUUUGUAUAGUGCAUUUACUCAUCUCAGGGUCAUAUACAUAACGUUGAAUGUUCAGUUCUUAUUAUUUAUUGUGUGAUUAUUGUCUCAAUUAACAUGCUGUACUGUUAAGAUAGUUGGAGUUGUAUUUUCUUCUGUUAUCCCUGCAUUUAUGAUAAAAGAUGUUAAUCUUUUCAAUCCUGCAUAAUAAGUUCACUUGUUUGUUAUACAAGUCCCCAGACUUGUUGUUUACAUUCAUGGUUUUCAUUACAAACAUUUACAUUUGAUAAGAAAAGACAAGCUUGGAAUAUUUUUGUAAAGCAUUUCCUAUUUACUGUAUUGAUUCAGAUCAAAUAAUCAUAUCAAUGUUGCAAGAAUGUAUGGCAUUAUUUGUGUGUAUGUGUUAGUCUGUGUAUGUGACUUAACUACUACUCAUAAAACUUGCUGCCAAAUUAAAGAAUGCCUGUUUUGUUAUUACUUCAUUUUUUUUAUUUACACUUUGUAGAUAUAUUUUAAGAAAUGUAUAACAAAAUGAAUGCUAGUGACACUUAUCUCACAGCUGUUCUUUAGUUCAGAAAAACAAAAAUGAAAGAAAUUGUUUUAGUCAACACAUAAUUUCCAGGAUCUUAUUUCAAUUAUUGAAAUUGACUUAAAAAAACAAAUUGCUGAGACAUACAGACCUACUAGAUCUAAGCAACUUUUUGGUGCUUAAAGAUCCAGAUCUGCCUUUAUGAUUUUUUUGUUUUCUAAAAUGGUAUUGUUAUAAACCUGGUGGUAACACAGAUGGGGGUAGUGGUGUGUGUGUAGUAAGCCGACGCAAAUCGCCCCAGGCCAGCGCUAGACGAGCGGUCAACCGUGACGAGUUACGACGAUCGACGUCGUGAACAGAGCUCAGGAGCGUCACGAGAGUUGUAGUCAUCUGACACCCAGAAUGGUCGAGCGACGUUCUGUCCGGUUCUAGAAGGCCAGUAGGGAUCCUAGCGGAGUGUCGCAGUCAAGACGGUUCAGAAACGAGGUUCACGACAGGGGCUCAGAACACGGUCGACUACAGCACAGUUCAACGGUGUGGUUCUGUACAGAGCAUUACGACGGUUCAGUGCGAAGUACUGUCAAGUACAGUUGAGACGGCUUGCGUCUUGAUCUUGGUCUGCGAUCGAGUCCGACACAACGAGCCUAGUGUGUGAAGUCAGUCCCGAACUGUUGAACCCAGUGCAAGCCCGGAACGAGACGGAGAGGCCAGUGCAAGAGUUGGUACGUCGGUACGGCUAUUAACGGAAAGAUAUUUGUUAUCGGAGAGCUAUUUGUACUGUUCUACGUGCUGCCAAUUGUACAGUAUUGGCUGUUAUUUAUGGACAUUAAACCUUUACGUUAUUUUGGA